CGGCGUAACACGUCCCCGGCCGGGGAGACUUCGGGUGAACACCACCUGGAAAGAGCGGAAGUGGGGAGGAGGAAGCAGAUGGGCGGCGGACCGGGGAGCGGAGCGUCGGCAGAGGGGCUGGAAGAUGGAGGCGGAGUGACUGGGACUCAGGGUUCAGCGAUUCCGGAGUCUCCGCGCAGCCGACUCUUCCGCGGCCGCUGAGGGGAGUGGGCGCCCAGAGGUUUCACCCAGCCCCGGCUUAGAUGGAGCGAGAGCUCGAGCACGGCGCAAUGGCAGAGGCAGCGAGCGCAUCGGCGACCGUCACCGAGACCGUGGAUGGGACCCAGCCCACGGACACGGAAAACCGCAGCAUCACCAUCCGGCUGAGGAAGCGCAAGACCAACAAGAAGGUGGAGUGGUCAAGCGACACGGUGGACAACGAGCACCUGGGCCGGCGCUCCUCCAAGUGCUGCUGCAUCUACGAGAAACCGCGGGCCUUCGGCGAGAGCUCCUCGGAGAGCGAGGACGAGGACGGCGGCUGCGGCAACGCCCACUGCGUCCGGGGCCACCACAAGAAGCCGUACCCGGACGGCCGCGCCGACCCCAGCCACAGCCCCGAGCACCCGGAGCACCGACACGGCAGCCCUCCGGAGAACUGAAGUGUGGGGGAGGGGUGGGCGGCGGGAUCCAACCGGGGGGAGCACUGUCACGACCCCCCCAACCCACCCACACGCCCCUCCCCUCAAAACACCCGGCGGCAGCAUCCUGACACACCGCCUGAGGGGGUGGGUGGGGGUCGCCGCACGGCCACGACGUUUGCUUUAUCUUUUAGAGGAGAGGGUUUUUUUUUUAAGAAGACUAGACCUGUAAAUUUGUAUUGCAUUUGUAAUUUAUUUAAUAGGAACCUUUUUUUUGUUGUCACUGCAGCAGAUCUACAAGGGUGGGGGGUGGGGUGUGGGAGGGGGUGUGGGUGCAUGCAAAGCAUGGACCUUUGGUCCACGCCACAACUGGGUUUGCACGAUCCGGGUGAUCCUAGAGCUGACUGGGGGGUGCUGGGGGUGGUGGGGCGAGGGGGAGGGAAUCGAACCGCCCGAGCACUGGCGCAAAGCCUGCCGGCGUGGCAGUCCCACCCGAGGCUGACGGCGCCGGUGCCCAGCUACGGGAGAGGAGUUGCCGGGAGGUGGGUGUGAGCGGGGGUUGGGGGGGGGGGGGGGGGGUACCGGAAGUCGGGGGCGACAAAUGAUCUGCCGCAGGGACCUGGCCAGUCGAGCGGCGGCCGUGGAGAGAGGAGGGGCGGGGGGAGGAGCAGCGGAUGCUUGGGGGGCGGGGGGGGGGGGGGCGGCGCAAGGUUCGGCAAAUGCUGGAAUCUGGAGCGAGACGCUGGAGGAACUCAGUGGGCCAGGCGACGUUUCAGGCCGAGACCCUUCAUCGGGGCUGGGAAAGGAAGAAGACGGAAGCCGGAGUGAAGCGGGAGAGGGAAGGGGAGGGGCACAGGCUGGCAGGGGAUAGGUGAGUCCAGGUUUCACCUUCUCCCCUUCCCCCCCCCCCCCCCCUUCACCUGGACUCGCCUCUGCCCGUGUUCCUCCCCCUCCCACCACCACCUUAUUCUGGCUUCUGCCCUCUUCUUUUCCAGUCCAGAUGAAGGGUCUUGACCCGAAACAUCAGCUAUCCAUUUCCCUCCACGGAUGCUGCCUGACCCACUGAGUUCCUCCAGCAUUCUCUCUCUCUGUGUGUCGCUGUCAAUGGUUUGGGUCCUCGAUGCAAGGUUUCAACCUGAAACGUUGACCGUUCCUUCCCCACCCUCUCCCCUCCUCGGGCACUGCCUGACCCGCUGAGUUUCUCCCGCAGGUUGUCUGUGGCUGCGGAUUCCAGCGUCCUGUGCCUCCAGAAGAGGGUGGGGUGGGUGCCUGAGGGUCUGUGACCGGUGGGGAGGUGCUGGGUCCCCGCCAGUCGCCCGUCGUGUGUGAGGGGGUCCCGCCAGCGAUGGUCGCCGUCAGAGUCUGUGUUUUCUGGGCAUGUGUGUGUCGGGUGCAGUGUGGUCCGUCCAAGGACAGGUGGGGCCCCGCGGGGUGUGGACUCUCCGGGCCUGGCCUCCGUUCCUGGGCUGAGCUGCCCCUCUGUACCUGCCGGUGGGCGCUGGGCACCCCUCGCGGGUAUGUCGCUGCUGCCGGGCUGCGGGUUGUAGUGUAAUGCUGAAGGCUCCGACCCUUUCACCGAUCAGAUGUACUGAAAUAAAUGGUCUUGCUGAACACAAACAAGAA